AUUGAGGCGAUGUAUCUGUAGAUUUAACAUAAAUCCGUAGCCGAGUCGACACGAACACACCCAGCAUCGUCAUGUACUGCCUACAUUUCGUGCCCCCUUCCGCCUGCAGCCCGGAUGUAUCCGAGGUAUGAUGAGGUAGCGAUCUAGCGAUCUUUACCUAAUCUCAUGUCUAUUGCAGCGGGCCGCAGACACGCCGACCCCCUCCAAUAUAGUGCAAUAUAGACUCUCCCGGCCGAGACAACCAUUAUAACCCACCUUCAGCAUCGUCCUAUCCUCACCAGCCGGUCGACCACGCUGGCUGAACGAUACAAAACCCAGCCGACGGUCCCAGUUCUCUGCUUGUUCGCUGGCUGGCUGGCUGGCUGGCUAUCGACGUAUUGGCAUCCCUUACGUCCGUGAGACGGCAAACGGCGUGUACGCGUACGCAAGAAGCCUGCAUCGGCUUCAGAACCGCCUUGGUUGGCCCGUGUAGAGCCUUACGCUUGGAACGGGGCUACAAUGGCUCCGAGGGUCGACUCCGCCAUCUUACAAGCGCUCGCGCUAAAUCCCGAAACUACCUGGAUCGCCUCCCACGGCGGUUCCGGCUUCUCCUCGACUUUCAAACUAAGCUCCUCUAUUAACGGGAAGGUGAAGAACUAUUUUGUCAAAACGGGGACGGGAUCCGACUCCGAGCUUAUGUUCAAAGGAGAGCAUGCGUCGCUUAACGCUAUCUGCUCCGUCGUCCCGAAGUUCUGUCCCAGAUCGCACGCUUAUGGCGCAUUCCAGGAAGAUCCGAACAGAUUCUUCCUAGUCACGGACUUCCUAGACCUCGGGUUGUCGCAGCCGGGCGGUUCGGGCCAGUCGUUCGCCCAAAAGUUAGCCAAGCUGCACACGACGCCCGCGCCCAUCCCUGAAGGCUUUGACAGACCCAUGUUCGGCUUCCCGGUCGCUACCUGCUGCGGCUCGUCGCCGCAGGAUAAUUCGUGGAAGUCCUCCUGGGCCGAUUUCUACGCCAACAACCGGCUGCGUCCGAUCCUACGGCAAGGCAUCCGGUCCAACGGCUCCGACGGAGAGCUGUCCGACGCCGUGGAGAGAACGGCAAGCCUGGUCGUUCCUCGCCUGAUCGGGGACGACCAUCUCAAGGGUGUCUAUCCCGUCCUCGUUCACGGAGACCUCUGGGUUGGCAACCGCGGGGGCGGUAGGAUCGCCGGCGAGGGAGGGUUUGAGGAACUAGUCUUCGAUCCGUCCUGCGUCUAUGGACACUCGGAGUACGAGUUGGGCAUCAUGAGCAUGUUCGGGGGCUUCAGGAACAGGUUCUGGGACGAGUACGACAAGCUGGUCCCGAAAGCCGAGCCCAAGGAAGAAUGGGCCGAUAGAGUGGCGCUCUACGAGUUAUACCACCAACUCAAUCAUUGGGCACUAUUUGGAGGUGGCUAUAGAAACGGAGCGAUGUCGAUCAUGAAAACGCUCAACGCAAAGUAUGGGUAGACCCGUUCUUUUCCCAUCCUCCAAUACGGAGCCUCGGUGGACUAGCUAGCCUUCUGCAGCUACGACAAGAUGAAAUCCGGGUGAGAGUCAGGACUGCGUCAUGAUCAAUCAAGUGAAUGUAAAGUAGCCUACUUGGUUAGAAGACUUGGUCUCAAGAGAGGACGAGGGGAAUAAAUAAGGUGUAGGAACAACCCGAAAUCGCAUUCCCCCCGGCCCGUUGACAAGUCCGCGAAAGUUCGUAUUGCUUAAACUGCGUUCGAAUCUCGUCUGAAUCAAACCGGCGGGACGCUUAUGCGACGGACAGGAAGCGGGGCUGAGCAAGUCAGGAAUUGCACUCUUACCCAAUCAACUACGUCUUCAUCUAUCGCACCACCGACCA